AUGGAGUUUCUGGGGGACAUAGGGGUUGUUCGUCAUGCUCUGUUAGUUGCUCCUGCGGACGAUAAUGGACCAGGAGCCGGAAAUGCGCUCAAUCCUUCAAUUCUAAUUUCUGCUGGCGUCGCCACUUUCGCCGCCACAGUCAUCUCUGUUAUCAGUAUUAUACUGCAGCUCAAGAAUUAUCGAAAACCAAUAUUGCAGCGAAUGACGGUUCGCAUCAUGGUCAUGGUGCCCCUAUACGCUAUAUCAUCCCUCAUAUCAUUAUUUUCCCUGGACGCCGCAUUCGCAAUAGACGCUAUCCGAGACGUCUACGAGGCAUUCGUCAUUUACGCCUUCUUCCAAUUAAUGAUCAACUACCUUGGCGGAGAGAGGAGUUUGUUGAUUCUACUUCACGGAAGACCGCCCAAGCACCACGUUUUACCCGUUAGCCUCUUUGUUCAAGAGCUUGAUGCCUCAGACCCCUUCACCUUUCUGUUCUUAAAGCGUGGCAUUUUACAGUACGUUCAAGUAAAGCCAAUACUUGCUAUUGCUACCCUCAUUCUGAAAGCCACUGGAGCAUACAAAGAAGGAAAGCUCAGCUGGUCUUCCGGGUACCUGUACGUCAGUUUCAUUUACAACAUUUCUAUUUGUCUCAGCCUGUACUGUCUUGCAAUGUUCUGGCUCUGCGUGAACGCCGAUAUCAAACCAUUUCGUUCAAUGCCUAAAUUCUUUUGCGUUAAAGGAAUUCUCUUCUUCUCGUUUUGGCAAGCCCUAGGGAUUUCUACCUUGGUUGCGGUUGGUGCAAUCCAAAAAAUUGGGCCAUAUACUGAUGAAGAGCACAUUUCACUUGCAAUCACCGACACCUUGAUUUGCCUCGAAAUGCCGUUCUUCGCAUUCGCCCAUUGGUUUGCUUUCUCCCAUACCGAUUACAUCGACGAGCACCUUAAGUAUGCAGCACGCAUGCCCUUCUACUUUGCAUUCCGCGACGCAUUUGGGUUUCUCGAUGUCUUAGAAGACAGCCGUGCCACACUUCGCGGAGGUGUUUCGUACCGGGCUUUUGAGCCAGUCGAGGGAGGCAUGCACCAAGGGAUCGGACGUGAUCGGCGCAUCAGGGCUGGGCUCCGCUACUCCAAAGGUGGACAAAAGAAAUAUUGGAUUCCGAUGCCCCACGAAAAUGCUGGUCCACGUGCUGGCCCUGUCCAAACGGCGAUAGGGGAUCUCAACCGUGACCAUCGUGGCUAUGCUCUACUCCUGAAUGAUCAGGAUCAUGAGCAAUUUCAUGAAGCACGAACACCCCCUGACACUGAUUAUAAUGAAGCCGCCGAUGGUGCCGUCAUUGAUGAUUGGGCGCACCAGCUCGAGUUCGAGGGCCCAGAUCCAGAGAUCGAAAAACUGUUUGAGGAAAGCCGGGGAUUUAUUUUUGGCGACUACAAUUACCCUUGCAUUGAUGUUAGUGGGGAGGAAGCUAGACGACGUAUGUGGGAUGAGGAGGAGCGGAUUUUGAAGGACCAACGCGCAGCUUUUUCGCUUGCCAGAGAUGCUUCACAAUCCCUUCUAAGGACGAACAUUCCGGGGGUUGGUCGAUACGGGGCUACUUUUGGGUCAGAUCUGCGCGUGCACAGUGAUCCAGAUUCACAGGCUGCGCGCUCGGCCUUGAAACAGCACAAGGGGAAGAACAUAGACUUAGACCAGCCCCGGAGCAGUCCAAUAGUACCAAAGGUUGGAGAAUCCAUAAUCGAUCUUACGCCCCAUGAGCCCGUGCCCGGCGCUGAUCCUGCUGAAGGUGAUAUAACGAUGAUAUACACGAAGUCGAGGAAAAAGAAUGCGUCAACUACCCGAAAACUUCCCAGAUCAGACCAAGCAUCGGCUGUCCCCCAUCCCUCCUCCAUCAACCCUUCCACGGCCUUGCCAUCCCCAGCAUCCCCAGCGAACCGUCGCCCCACCGUCAAGCACACCCAGCCAGAGACCCGGACACCUAGUAGUAGCUCGCCCCGUCCCGAUGCCAUUGAUCUCGUCGUAGAGGAUAAAGAGGCCGCCGAGGAAGCAAAGACGCGCCAAAGGCGCAAAGGAGAACCUGCUGUUCGGCAGAGGGGAGAGCGAAAGGUAUAUCGGCGCACGUAUGUCAUCCAGGAACCGAGCGGGGUGGAGGACCAUCAGAUCCAGGCAGAGCAGGAAGGAAGUGAUCCAAGCCCAUCCAAAGGAGACGAGUUACGAGUGGAAGGCGCCGAGGUUCAGACUAUAAACAGCCAGAAAGAGUUGCCCAGUCUGCAACAAACUCGGGAGCAAGGGAAUACAGUGGAUCCGAGCGUUAACCCCCAUGCCACUAACGUGGUAACACCGUUCGAACUGACUCGGUCGGUCACGCCUCCUCGUGUCGAAGUACACCCUCCCUCUCUCUCAUACCUCCGGGAUGAAGAUGUUGAAAGUAACCCUUGGGCAUGA